AGAAUUGGAUCGGAGCUCGAAGAUAUCGCACGUAUAAUAUUCUACCAUGAGAACUGAAAACCCGCAGGCCUAUACUUUCAUUAACGGAGUGAACGCGAUAAUGAUUAAGCUUAAUCCGAAGUCGGUCAUCCUCCUCCUUCUAUUCCAGCAGUAUAUGCAAGGUAGGCUUGUACUCGGCGAGGGAUCAUGUACAAUAGUAGGCCGAGACGAUAGCUGUCAGUCUCUCCUCGAUUCUGGUCUAACUAUCCAAUUAGCGUUGAAGAGCAUGCCUUUUCGGACCUUAAGCAACAGAACUUCGCUAUACUGUGGUUUUCCAGAUUGUUUUUCCGAACCCUGUUUACAUGGAGGGUUAUGCAUGGAAGAGGUUCACGGAUUUAGCUGCAAUUGUCGAGGAGGUUAUGGAGGAUUGCAAUGCGAAUCUGCUUGUCAGACUGAGCCGUGCCUUAAUGGAGGAACGUGCGCGGAGGAAAUCGGAGGUUAUAGAUGUUCUUGUCCUAUAGGUUUCGCUGGAGCACACUGUGAAUACAGCGACAUCUGCCCAGAGGAAUGGGAGACGGGGAAAACAAAGUGUUUCAAAGUUGAUGGUUAUCGAAACAAGUAUCACGAGUCAAUGCAGCACUGUCGAUACUUGGGCGACGGGGGCGUCGUCACUUUGGGAAGCGGGCAUCUCGUCCAACCUUCUCUGCUCUUCAUAGAAGAAGAGGAAGACUUCACAUUUCUGAGUCCUCAUCUUAACACAAACAUGUCGGAGGGCGUGUGGGUGAAUUGCUGGGAGGGCAAAGGACACUGGGAGUGUUUUCCUGACAGUUUCAUAUACCUUGGAGCCAACCAAAGUUCGUACAGAAAUUGGGCUGAUAAUCUUCAGUUCAAGGAAGGACAUAAUUGUGCGCUUAUGAACCCAAUCAGCGGGAAAUGGUAUGAUGAAGACUGUUACGUCGCGAGGUUUGCUGUCUGUCAGGUUAACAUCCCCUCCUUCGGUAUUUAUUUGCUUGCAUGAAAAGGUCGAUUCAUCGGCGGUGCUAUAGGGGGCAAGAGGUGUCAGUCGCGAUUUUCAAAAUCAUAAAUAAAUAGAGGAGGGGAAAAAGGAGUAGGAAUAACAAGAACGGUAUACAUGUAAAGGAUAGAGCUUGUUUUUGCUGGGCCAUACAGAAUUAAACGUCAUGAUGAACCAUAUCGACGCAUUUAAAAGCUCGUUUAUUUUCGAUGCUUUAAUAGGGCUUUCAGUCUGGAUCUGGAUGCGUGUGAUUGUUUUAUCUGUGCACCCAUGUAUGGGAAGCUGGAUGCCGGCUUGAGAAUAUACAUGUACAUCUGGCAUUGCAGACUUGGUUUACGUUCAUGCAUAUGCACACAAGUUGCGCAUUUUCUUUGAUGUUUUGAUUUGCAUAAUAUAUUUCUCUGAUAACAUUAUCUUUUGCUUUACGUUUAGUAUUGACAUAAUAAAGUGUUUUAUUAUGCUGAGUGAGUCAAACAAAACAUUUACACGUCAACAAUAAUUAUGAAUUUAAUGAAAACAAAAUCGACGCGAAUGCGAACGUACUAUAUGUCUUAUUAAAAAGAACAACUUCUAACAACACA